GCAGACUUUGGGAUUGCGAACCUCCCCAGAGCUCUGGACCUCUUGGAGCACAAGCUGACGGAGUCGGAGCGCAAACGGCGGCACGCCAAGAAGGACGACUACAACAUCGAGGUGCUGCUGGCCGUGGACGACUCUGUGGUGCGCUUCCAUGGCAAGGAGCACGUGCAGAACUAUGUCCUCACACUCAUCAACAUAGUAAGUCCAUUAUGACUCUUCAUGUCACGCAUGUGAAUACUUUAUGAAUGCUAUGGGCGAUUCCACGCCGGCGUAGGCCGAAAAAUGUUUUUUGGUAUGUCAGAUUGUUCUGGCAAUGCUCACAAUAGUAACUGCAUUGGGAGGAAGGAGGUUUGAGCGCUUUUUCAUUUGUAUCACCAACCAUUUGUUAGAGAAUCAUAAUGAAAGUGGACAUUUUAGGCCCUUUUUAGACCCCAUGGCUGCGUUUACACAGGCAGCCCAAUUCUGAUAUCUUCUCUUUUUUAGAGCCAAUUCUGAUAACAGAUCUUUUUUAGAGCUAAUCUGAUUGGACAAAAUACCAAAUAGUGAAGAAAAUAUCAGAAUUGGGCUGUCUGUGUAAACGCAGCCUUAGGUCUGCGAAUCGUACAUGAUACAGACAACAUCUUAGUGUCGUUAUACUCCUUACAGGGUUCUCUCAAGUAUGAGUAUGUCUAGAUUCUGAAAUAAUACAAAAAUUCACAUUAAUUUAUUCAACAUUAAAAAUAUUUAUAUUAAUAUCUCAAAAGUACCCUUUUUGAUUUUGCUUAUGUUGUUUGUAACAGUAUACUCUUCAAACCCAUCACAUUUCCAGAGUGGGCUCUCUGCUACUUUUAAUCACCCAUUUUAUACAUAGAAAUUGACAUUAUAGGUCAUUAACCAAUCACAGCCCUCCUUUACGAUUGCGCAUUCAUCAAAUCACCAGCAGAGGGAGUUCCCUUUGAAUCCAUUUUCCCAUUCACUGUGUUGGGUGGUGCCCAUACAGUGUAUCCUAUGUUCAGAGUCAGCAGAGAGCCCGCUCUGGACAUGGGAUGUUCUUGUAGAGUAUAUUGUUCCAAACAAUACUUUUGAGAUAUUAAUAUUUCUAAUGUUGCAUAAAUGAAUGUGAAAAUAGUAUUUCGGAAUCAAGACAUACUCCAUAUUUUAGAGCACACUAUAAAGAUGUUGUCUGUGUCAAGUACAGUUCACAGAUCAUAGGGACUUACAGGAGGUAUACAGUGGGGAAAAAAGUAUUUAGUCAGCCACCAAUUGUGCAAGUUCUCCCACAUAAAAAGAUGAGAGAGGCCUGUAAUUUUCAUCAUAGGUACACGUCAACUAUGACAGACAAAUUGAGAAAAAAAAUCCCGAAAAUCACAUUGUAGGAUUUUUAAUGAAUUUAUUUGCAAUUUAUGGUGGAAAAUAAGUAUUUGGUCACCUACAAACAAGCAAGAUUUCUGGCUCUCACAGACCUGUAACUUCUUCUUUAAGAGGCUCCUCUGUCCUCCACUCGUUACCUGUAUUAAUGGCACCUGUUUGAACUUGUUAUCAGUAUAAAAGACACCUGUCCACAACCUCAAACAGUCACACUCCAAACUCCACUAUGGCCAAGACCAAAGAGCUGUCAAAGGACACCAGAAACAAAAUUGUAGACCUGCACCAGGCUGGGAAGACUGAAUCUGCAAUAGGUAAGCAGCUUGGUUUGAAGAAAUCAAGUGUGGGAGCAAUUAUUAGGAAAUGGAAGACAUACAAGACCACUGAUAAUCUCCCUCGAUCUGGGGCUCCACGCAAGAUCUCACCCCAUGGGGUCAAAAUGAUCACAAGAACGGUGAGCAAAAAUCCCAGAACCACACGGGGGGACCUAGUGAAUGACCUGCAGAGAGCUGGGACCAAAGUAACAAAGCCUACCAUCAGUAACACACUACGCCGCCAGGGGCUCAAAUCCUGCAGUGCCAGACGUGUCUCCCUGCUUAAACCAGUACAUGUCCAGGCCCGUCUGAAGUUUGCUAGAGUGCAUUUGGAUAAUCCAGAAGAGGAUUGGGAGAAUGUCAUAUGGUCAGAUGAAACCAAAAUAUAACUUUUUGGUAAAAACUCAACUCGUCGUGUUUGGAGGACAAAGAAUGCUGAGUUGCAUCCAAAGAACACCAUACCUACUGUGAAGCAUGGGGGUGGAAACAUCAUGUUUUGUGGCUGUUUUUCUGCAAAGGGACCAGGACGACUGAUCCGUGUAAAGGAAAGAAUUAAUGGGGCCAUGUAACGUGAGAUUUUGAGUGAAAACCUCCUUCCAUCAGCAAGGGCAUUGAAGAUGAAACGUGGCUGGGUCUUUCAGCAUGACAAUGAUCCCAAACACAACGAAGGAGUGGCUUCGUAAGAAGCAUUUCAAGGUCCUGGAGUGGCCUAGCCAGUCUCCAGAUCUCAACCCCAUAGAAAAUCUUUGGAGGGAGUUGAAAGUCUGUGAUGCCCAGCGACAGCCCCAAAACAUCACUGCUCUAGAGGAGAUCUGCAUGGAGGAAUGGGACAAAAUACCAGCAACAGUGUGUGAAAACCUUGUGAAGACUUACAGAAAACGUUUGACCUGUGUCAUUGCCAAAAAAGGUUAUAUAACAAAGUAUUGAGAAACUUUUGUUAUUGACCAAAUACUUAUUUUCCACCAUAAUUAGCAAAUAAAUUCAUUAAAAAUCCUACAAUGUGAUUUUCUGGAUUUUUUUUUCUCAUUUUGUCUGUCAUAGUUGACGUUUACCUAUGAUGAAAAUUACAGGCCUCUCUCAUCUUUUUAAGUGGGAGAACUUGCACAAUUGGUGGCUGACUAAAUACUUUUUUUCCCCACUGUAGGUCUAAAAACGGUCUAAAAUUGCCACUUUUAUCAUGAUUAAUAAAUUUAAAAAGACAAAUUAGUGAAACAAUUGUUUGUGAUACAAAUGUAAAAAGCAUGUUAAACAUCCUUCCUCCCAAUUAAGUUUCUAUGUGAGAAUUGCCAUUACAAUCGGAGAUACCAUGACAUGGAAUUGCGCUAUAUGAAUGCUACAUGUCACAUACUCACCACCAAAAUUGGAUUAAACCAGAUCAAAGUAAGUUGACCAAAGUAUGAACAAUUACUGUUGCUUCUACAUUGAUAACGUUUGAUCAUAAAGUUACACUUGGAUUCAGGAGGUGGGAUUAUUAAGGGCUUUUUGUGACAUCACAAAAAGGCUCAAAUUUGAAUACACCAAUGGUAAUGUCUUAUUCUCUUACCUAAUUUAAAUAAGUACCGCCUUGUAACCAACAUGGCAGAAGGCGUGUUUGCAGAGGGGCGUGGUUUACAUAGCUGGGUAGCUACUCUACUGGUGCCAAAAUUUGAGUUCAGUGUGUCAGCAAAUAUAAUCACAGGUUUCCCCUAUUCAUCUAAUGCAAAUAUACUUAUAGGUUUCAGCUUUCAUCUGUGUCUGGUGUUCGCUAGUUACUGGCUAGCUAUGUCUUCAGCCAGCAUGGAACAAAAGCAGGGGAAGGGUUGCCCAAAACUCCAACACAGUUGCCGUGUCAUUGCAUCAAUAGAUGUGCCAAACAGGAGAUUCAUACAAACUUCUUAACAUAUUUGAUGGUCAUGAUUAGGGCUGUGGCAGUCAUGAAUUUUUGUCAGCCGGUUAUUGUCAAGCAAAUAACUGCCGGUCUCACAGUAAUUGACCGUUAAUUAACAUACACAUUUAGCAUCUCCUGGCUUCCACGCAUAGCCUACAAGCCACUGAUGCGGACCUUUUGGAACCUCUACAUUUAAAAAAGUAUAAUAAAUCCAUGUAAUAUAGCCUACGCCUUCACAAUACAUCCAUUUAUUUUACACAGGUCUAAAGAAACAUGAUAUGAAGAAAAUGUAGUCUAUUUCAGAAGAACAGAAUAGCAUAUCCUUAUGUUAGGUCCUGAUCUGGCUACACCAUAUGGCUGUGGGCUACACUAGUUAUCCUUAUGUUAGGUCCUGAUCUGGCUACACCAUAUGGCUGUGGGCGACACUAGUUAUCCUUAUGUUAGGUCCUGAUCUGGCUACACCAUCUGGCUGUGGGCUACACUAGUUAUCCUUAUGUUAGGUCCUGAUCUGGCUACACCAUAUGGCUGUGGGCUACACUAGUUCAUCUAGCAGACUAGAUUUGUUUAGAAUUCCGUGGCAUUAUUUUAUAUUAUUUUAUAGUAUGAAGAAAACAAUUGAACAAAGCUGAAUAAAAUAGAAAGGAUAUUUUCUCCAAACGAUUUCAGAGGGAGUGGCCACAUGCAGCUAUUCUGUGUUGAGCGGUUAACUAAGAAACAGGUCCUCCUAUAUACAUUUUAUUUUAGUCAUUUAGCAGACGCUCUUAUCCAGAGCGACUUACAGUUAGUGAAUACAUGUAUUUAUUUAUUUUUAUACUGGCCCCCCGUGGGAAUCGAACCCACAACCCUGGCGUUGCAAACGUCAUGCUCUAUCAACUGAGCUACAUCCCUGCCGGCCAUUCCUUCCCCUACCCUGGACGACGCUGGGCCAAUUGUGCGCCGAACCAGGAUCUCUAGUGGCACAGUUAGCACUGCGAUGCAGUGCCUUAGACCACUGCGCCACUCAGGACGCAGUGGUCUAUAUGCUUAAUUUAGAGUUAUUUAUGUAACUUUAGUUGUGAUACAAACGUUGGGCUACAUGUUUUGAUUUUUAAUACCUUCUAAGGCUGCAUGAUGCGACUCUAGUUAUGAUUUGAAAAAAGUCACAUGAAAGGCAUGAGCUCUGCUUAGUUUUUUUUUUGCGCAGGGUGCACACACUUCAUCAGUCUCUCAUUCACAAUUUGACGGCACUUGAUAAUGACUCUGAUUUCCCAGCUGCAUCCCCUUUAUGUGGCGAAAUGUCCCCUAAGAAAAUCCAUGCCUUUUGCAGCCAGUGGCCGUUGUGCCCUCGGGCUGAAUAUAAUCAUUAUAAUUCCCUUCUCCCUCACUCACAUGGCUCUCGGUCACGUGAUCGGGUCUUUCUCACAGGCUACAAGUGAAGACAGACACAUCGGGGACCCGACUGCGCAUGUCCUCAUCCAAUUCCGAGGCGCAUAUUGAAGAUAUUGGAACUGUCCACAUUUACUUUUCGUCAGCCAACAAGAUGAGUCGGCCUAACGAACAGCAAAAGCACUAGCCUAUGUCAAUCUACUAUCCCCCAUAGUACAAACGUUGACCUAUUCUAUUAUGUGCGAGAAAUACAUAUUCCAAACAUAGUCUGGGACAGUUGUGGGAUGCAAUAGAUCAAAUUAAUAAAACCACUAGCAUCAAAACACCUGUUUUAAGCAAUGAGCCUGAAGCAACAGAUGAGAACAUUUAGCUUAAAAUGUUGAUAAACUAUUAGGCUAUUUCUUCCCAUUAUAAGCGCAGCAAUGCGCACACGGCAGUAGGCUGUAAGUGCAAAUGUUCCAUUAGCAGGAAAACACCAUUCUCAAAAGUGACCACAAAUGUGAUUAUGCAUGUAUUGCUUGUAUAAUAAAGGUGCAUUUUUAUGGUGAACAUUUUCUUCCCCAAACUUGAAACUCAGGCGCUGCAUAAGUAUGCCAGUUAGGCUCUACACCCCGUUGUAAAGCGGAUUAAUGUGCUUCAUUUUAAGAAGUUAUUUGGCCACUUUAGUUGUGAUACAAACCUUAUCAAAACAUAUAAGCCUAUGGGCUAAGCUACAUGAAGUGUGCCACUAUGAUUUUAAAAAGUUGCCAAAUAAAUCAUGCGCUAUUUGCCUAAAGCUGGGCAUCAUUCACAAGUGAUAAUAUAUUAUUCACAAGUGAUAGGCUAAUAUUGUCACCCCAUCACACUAUUCUUGAUUUAAUAUUUUCUUUACAUAUACUAAAUAAUAUAUGUGUGAAAUUUGUUUUGAUUUAGAAUGGACCAUUAUCAUGCACCAAAUACAUGUCAUCUAUGCACUUAAAUAGCGAAUGGAGGAUGCUUUUCACAUGGUUCAUUUUCAUGCCAGCCAGGUAGGUUAUACUCCUGUUGUAAAGAGAAGCAAUGUACUUAAUAUUAGGAAAGUUGAGAAAUAAAUAUAGUAGGCCUAACCAAUAGAAAGCUGAUGGGAUCCUCCUCUUUUUAGUAGAGGCCAUCACUCUUGUUUUCUCACGCAAUUGCAUAGCCUAUAGAAAUGUUGCGCAACAUGAGCUCAUGUUGCCGGGGCGGCAGGUGGCUUAGUGGUUAAGAGCGUUGUGCCAGUAACCGAAAGGUCGCUGGUUCUAAUCCCCGAGCCGACUAGGUGAAAAAUCUGUCUGUGCCCUUGAGCAAGGCACUUAACCCUAAUUGCUCAUGUAAGUCGCUCUGGAUAAGAGCGUCUGCUAAAUGACUGAAAACGUAAAUGUGUUUGAUUAGAUUUUCUAUUGCAUUUUCAUUGAAGUCAGAGUGAUUAGAGGGACAAUAGAGUGCUGAGUACCAGGCAUGUGUGGUAGGCUACUAAUGACCAUCAGCAGCAUCAGAGCUUGGAGAAGCCUAAUUACCGUGACUAAACGGUCAUGCGGAAUUUGACUGCUGUCAUCACUCGUGACCGCCGGAAUGGCAGUAAUACGGUCACCGUAACAACCCUAGUCAUGAUAUAUGAACAUCGCCUGACAGUCAAUAUACACUGAGUAUACCAAAUAUUAGGAACACCUUUUGCCCUCAGAAAAGCCUUGGUUCGUCGGGGUGUCGAAAGCAUUCCACAGGGAUGCUGGCCCAUGUUGACUCCAAUGCUUCCCACAGUUGUGUCAAGUUGGCUUGGAUGUCCUUUUGGGUGGUGGACCAUUCUUGAUAAACGCGGGAAACUGUUGAGCGUGAAAAACCCAGUAGCGUUGCAGUUCUUGACACACUCAAACUGGUGCGCCUGGCACCUACUACCAUAGCCCGUUCAAAGGCACUUAAAUCUUUUGUCUUGCCCAUUCACUUAAAAAUCCUUAUUUUAACGGUCUCCUCCCCUUCAUCUACACUGAUUUAAGUGGAUUUAACACGUGACAUCAAUAAGGGAUCAUAGCUUUCACCUGGUCAGUCUACGCCAUGGAAAGAGCAGGAGUUCUUAAUGUUUUGUUCAAUCAGUGUAUAUACAUGUAUGUAAUGUAACCAGCCUUCACCCUGUAAAGUUUCAACUGAAAUUGUCCAAGAUGCUAGCUUGAUAAACAGUGCUGACAAUUACACUUGGGCUAGCAAGCUAAAUUAUAAAUACAAAAUGUUGUCUAUAUUGAUGCUGUUACAAUAACCAAACAGGAUAAAUACAUCAUUUGUGAUGUUGUUUGAGUUGCUUUGUUUAUCAGCAAAUUUGCUUGAGAUAAUCUCACUGCAACACUGCUCAUGUUGCUUGUUGCUUGACAUAGGCGUUUUCAAAGAACCGUCAUUCAAGGUGAACUCCCCGCCCACUCAGCCUACCAGCUCCCCGCCCACUCAGCCUACCGGCUCCCCGCCCACUCAGCCUACCGGCUCCCCGCCCACUCAGCCUACCAGCUCCCCGCACACUCAGUCUACUAGCUCCCCGCCCACUCAGCCUACCAGCUCCCCGCCCACUCAGCCUACCAGCUCCCCGCCCACUCAGCCUACCAGCUCCCCGCCCACUCAGCCUACCAGCUCCCCGCCCACUCAGCCUACAAGCUCCCCGCCCACUCAGCCUACCGGCUCCCCGCCCACUCAGCCUACCAGCUCCCCGCCCACUCAGUCUGUCCUUUCAGACUUCCUGACUUCAAAUUCUGUGCAUUUUUAUUUGGGAAAAAUAUUGUUGGUGAUGUUUUAGUCACUCAAAGGGCAAUUUUACAUGGAAAUCAGAAUGACUGUUUGGGACCUUUAAAUCUUUCUUAGCUGUUUGACCCCUAUGUGCAACUGCUCUGUUUUGCUGUGUGUGUGUGUGCUCAAACUUUCCUGUGGACAGCUUACUGUACUAUUCACCAUACAGACCAGAGUUGGGGGGCCAAUUCCAUUUAAAUUCAGUUACGUAAACUGAAAUUCCGAAAAGCUAUUGGAAUGUAAUUGACCAAGCCAGUUGACUGUUGCCUGCAGGACAAGAUGACUGUUUGUGGAAGGUGAAAAUCUGUUCUCUCUCAUGGGAAUGACUUGAUAGAGUAGUAACAGCGUUGUCUCUGGCUCGCUGGCCAGACUUAUUCUCACCUCCCCAAUGUGUGUAGAUUCCCCCUCAGGUCCUUGGCCUGGUUGUUACUGUACUAGUUCCCUUCUCUCACGUUGUGGACGUUGAUACAUUAUUUCUCCCUCGCCUCAACUCCCCCUCUCUCUUUCUCUCCCCCCCCCCAGCUUCUCUCUCUCUCUCUCUCUCUCUCUCUCUCUCUCCUCUCUCUCUCUCUCUCUCUCUCUCUCUCUCUCUCUCUCGCUCUCUCUCUCUCCUCUCUCUCUCUCUCUCUCUCUGUCUCUCUCUGUCUCUAUCUCUCUCUCUCUCUCUCUGUCUCUUCUGUGUCCCUGAAUGUUGAUGGAUUACCAAUGAAAGAGAAACCCCCCCCAGCUUGUUCAUUACAGGCUCAGGCAGCUCCUAGCACCUUAAUCUUAUUACGCAGCCCUAAUCCACCAAGUCACAUUUUCACAGGGUGCUGGUUUCACUCUGUAACAGUUACCAUUUGGGUCCAGUAGGGUGGUCUGAUUUAGCUGCACUAGACCUGUCGCUGGUGUAUCCCAAAUGGCACCCUGUUCCCUAGGGCUGCUUGUCAAAAGCAGUGCAUUAUAUAGGUACUAGGUUGCCAUUUGGGAUGCAGCCACUGUGAGUUGACUGGGAGUGGAGACGGUAGGGUGGUGGAGCUGUGGCGGGAUGGGGCUGGCUGGUGCUGGACUGCUGCUGGGCAGCCAAUCAGCACACACAUCCACCCGGCCAGAGGAUCUGGUUUGUUGCUCCCAGUCCCUUUAGACUGAGAGAUCUACGUUUCUACAAACAAGGUGAACACUGGAGCUCUUCUGGUUAAGCCAGUGGCUUGCUGUGUCUGAAAGAGCUCUACCCACCCAAAUCCCCCCAAUCCUUCCCAGCCACCAGGAGAGAAUGUGGAGCUAGUACAGUACCACUUGGAGAAAAUCUCCCGGCCCAAGGAACUGAUUAAUGCACAUCCUGCCUGGACCGAGCCAUGCUAGGAGACUGCAGAGCCUGCGAGGUGCCUGCCUGGACCGAACCAUGCUAGGAGACUGCAGAGCCUGCGAGGUGCCUGUCUGGACCAAGCCAUGCUAGGAGACUGCGAGGUGCCUGCCUGGACCAAACCAUGCUAGGAGACUGUGAGGUGCCUGUCUGGACCAAACCAUGCUAGGAGACUGUGAGGAGCCUGUCUGCCUGAGCACAAUGUCUGUGUUGUUAGAGAAAAUCCAGGAGGGGUUUUGUCCAUGUUGAUGUGAUGAUGUACACAAGGCAGGCAGGCAGGCAGGGAGAGAUAUAUAUCCCAACGCCUCCAGUCCUCCAGCUAGCUCAUCACAGCUGCUGAGCUCAUUGCUGUUCAGACAAAAACAAUCUAAUUCCGAAUGAUGCUCUGUGAGUAAUGAGCUCAGCUGAGCACAGGCAGAGCAGCCAUUGACCGUUUGGGGUGCGUUCCAAAUGGCACCCUAUUUUAAUUACUAGCUUUAUAGUGCAGAACUUUUGACCAAUUGACCCUGGUGAAAAGUAGUGCACUAUAUAGGGAAUAGGGUGCCACUUGGUUUGGCACCUCCCUUCGCUAGUAAAGGUUGUUUGUAAAUAAAAUAAAAAAGACUACGGAUCGAUUUAAAGACUGUAUGCAGGAGAUUUAAACUGCAUCAGUAGUAUGUACAACAGGAGUGUGGUGCAAGUUUUUGAAACUACAUUGAAUAACAUUCAUGAUGUUUAGAGUAGGCCUACUCACUAUGGCUGGAGAAGGCUGUGGCUAUUUCUGACGUCGCCCUCCUUGUUCCAACAGCUGCUCAGUUUAAAGGUCCAACGUCAACCCAACAUUUUAUAUAGGUCAGCGUUCGACUCAGUAUGGAGAUCUGAAUACAUCACAUCACAAAAGUCAAGGGGAAUCUGGGGGUCAUCCGAGUUUACUUUACAUUAUACACCGUUUCAUUAAAAUAGCUGAAUGACUUUUCUGUAAGUGAAUGAAUAAGGCUGUUUGGUGGAUGGGUAGACCUAGUCUGCAUUCCUUUGCUGUGUAAAUGUUGGACUGUUGCCAAGUUCCAGUCUUUCGUCAGUUACACAGUCGUUUGUGUCAUGCUUUAUAAACUGAGGGAGUAUAUAUUUGUGCUGUGGUGUUCUAAACAGUGUGUGCUGUCGUGCCUACUGACAUUUUUCUUAUCAUUUAUCAAGUGUGUUAGACAUCUCUUCCCUCUCGAUUCAGCGAUAUGUCUUAUCAUUUAUCAAGUGUGUUAGACAUCUCUUCCCUCUCGAUUCAGCGAUAUGUCUUAUCAUUUAUCAAGUGUGUUAGACAUCUCUUCCCUCUCGAUUCAGCGAUAUGUCUUAUCAUUUAUCAAGUGUGUUAGACAUCUCUUCCCUCUCGAUUCAGCGAUAUGUCUUAUCAUUUAUCAAGUGUGUUAGACAUCUCUUCCCUCUCGAUUCAGCGAUAUGUCUUAUCAUUUAUCAAGUGUGUUAGACAUCUCUUCCCUCUCGAUUCAGCGAUAUGUCUUAUCAUUUAUCAAGUGUGUUAGACAUCUCUUCCCUCUCGAUUCAGCGAUAUGUCUUAUCAUUUAUCAAGUGUGUUAGACAUCUCUUCCCUCUCGAUUCAGCGAAAUGUCUUAUCAUUUAUCAAGUGUGUUAGACAUCUCUUCCCUCUCGAUUCAGCGAUAUGUGCACAGAUAAGACGAGUAGAUAGAAGGGUGAGAGAUGGGUGAUGGGUCCUUGGAAGAGGGUGAGAGAUGGGUGAUGGGUCCUUGGAAGAGGCUGAGAGAUGGGUGAUGGCUCCUUGGAAGAGGCUGAGAGAUGGGUGAUGGGUCCUUGGAAGAGGGUGAGAGAUGGGUGAUGGCUCCUUGGAAGAGGGUGAGAGAUGGGUGAUGGGUCCUUGGAAGAGGGUGAGAGAUGGGUGAUGGCUCCUUGGAAGAGGGUGAGAGAUGGGUGAUGGCUCCUUGGAAGAGGGUGUACGUUACGCCCUGUUUUGGAGGACUUGGCAUCGACUUCCCCAGUUGGGUUUAUUUACAUUAAUUACAUAGUUUUACGGAGAGCCCAGCAAAAAACCGCUUCCUUAUUUCGGUACUGUAACUUGUAAGGCGCACCGCCGUACUUAGAGCAACCUGAGAGGCGGCAUGUGCAGCGCAUGUCUUCAUCACUAUGACUACUGCGUUUAUGACUGACUGGCAUAAUGACAUCGUAGACAGGCAGGCCAUCCCAGGGCCUCCCUCCGCUAGGCAGGCCAUCCCAGGGCCUCCCUCCGCUGGGUUUAAAGCAUCACUAGAAAACCAAAACUGCGUCAGCUCAGACCUCCAGUAUUCUGGUAAACAGAGACUGUCACCAACACAUAUAAAUCAAUAUGUCCCGCCGCCGCUCUGCUGGGAGGUCACCGCGUGACCUAACUCGCCGGGGUCUAGUGUUGUCCAAACAUAUCUGGGCGUGUUUGUGUGUGUGUGUGUGUGUAUAUGUUUGUGAUAGUUUCUGUACACUUCAUUGUUAAAUCAUGUAUAAACCUGGAAGAGAAUAACAUCUAUUUUCCAUGUUUUGUUGUGGUCAAUAUCCUAUAUAAUGUCCUACAUAGUUAUUACAUAGUUCACCAAUAGCUUAUACAGUAGGCUACAUGGUAUUUUCUUUUACCCCAUUUUUCUCCCACAUUUCGUGAUUAUGAUCUUGUCUCAUCGCUGCAACUCCACAACGGGCUCGGGAGAGGCGAAGGUCGAGUCAUGCGUCCUCCAAAACAUGACCCGCCACGCUUCUUAACGCCACGCCCGCUUAACCCGGAAGCCUGCCGCACCAAUGCAUCGGAGGAAACAUGACCCGCCACGCCGCGCUUCUUAACGCCACGCCCGCUUAACCCGGAAGCCAGCCGCACCAAUGCAUCGGAGGAAACACUGUUCAACUGACAGACCCAAGUCAGCCUGCAGGUGCCCGGCCCUCCACAAGGAGUCGCUAGAGCGUGAUGAGCCAAGUAAAACCCUCCCCGGACAAACCCUCCCCUAACACGGAUGAUGCUGGGCCAGUUGUGCGGCGGCCCCUAUGGGACUCCCGGUCACAGCCGGUUGUGACACAGCCGGUAGUGACGCCGGUAACACUGCGAUGUCAUAGAGCGCCACUCGGGAGGCCCUAUGGUAGCCUACUUCAUCCAUAAAGCUUCCUGUAAUAGACACUUCCUGUAAUAGACACUUCCUGUAAUAGACACUUGAAGAAAAAUUUAAAUGACGCAGUAAAGCAUUCGAGACAUAUUCACACAAACUAGUCUAGUAACCCGCAGCGUCACCGUACGUCAAGUUCAUGUCUGGGCAGACAUACAAAGCUCAAACCAAACCAACUAUAGGAGACUGAUUGUAUGUAUAGCAUACGUGUAUAUGUUUUCAUAGCAUAUAUGUUUUCUAGGACAGCAGGUUAAGGAGUCACCUGCGGAAAGGUUGUUUUUUUUAAAUGUCGAACUCAAUGAACCCUGUGUCUACUGGUCUCUACUGGUCUCCAGUCAGCCGACUUGGCAUGUUGAUAAUCAUAUGAUCCAUAACCAAGCGUGAGUGUUCCUGUUCUAAGACUUCUGUAUGUAGCUAUGGAAAAAGAAACGAGAUUCCAAAUCCCUCCACCCCAUCCCUGGUUCUUUUCCUCAAACCGCAUUCAGCAAACCACAAAUUGAAGCUGUUGAUUGACUGUAUAGGGCCCUAGAGGGAGUGUUGACGUGUAGAGGAUGGUUUGAUGAGGAUCAAACAUGCUCGGAUGGAAAUGUUACUUAUCCUGCAUCCCAAAUGGCCCCCUGUUCCAUAGUGCACUACGUUUGACCAGAGUCCUAUGGGCCCCAAACUUAGCUCCAACAUGAGAAAACCUAGGGGGGGAAAAAAAGUCAACUUAAAAUGAUGUGUUUGCUCAACUUGUCUCAUAUGUUCAUUCAACUAGAAAUUAUUAUUUGGGCACAGUGCUUUUAACAUACAACGUUUUCAACAGACAUAUUUUGUGCUGAGGUGAUUUUGAAGGAGUCAGGCGCAGGAGGGUAAAUCACAGAAUAACAGGAUUUAUUCUGAACCACAGAGUUACGCAUUAAUGCGUAAAAACACGGCACACAGGGAAUAUUCCCGGCGAUACAAAAUACACGGAGCUCCACCGAGCUUCUCUCUCCUCCACAAUAAACAAUCACACACACAAAGACAAGGGGGCAGAGGGAACACUUAUACAUGUACUGAUGAGGGGAUAUGAACCAGGUGUGUGUAAUAAACAAGACUAAACAAAUGAUGAGGAGCGGCUGUGGCUAGAAGGCCGGUGACGACGAACGCCGAAGCCUGCCCGAACAAGGAGAGGAGGCGGCCACGGAGGAAGUCGUGACAUAUUUGACAUUGUGCAUUUAUACAGUCAUUAUUAUUCGACAUGUCCUCACCUGGGAUUAGAACUCACAACCUCUUGGUUCACGUCACGCCGAUCUUCCUGCCAAACCACCAUGUCUGUCUACUAUCAGUUAAUCGGACUAUUCUCUCAUCAUUCAUUGUAUUUACUUAUUUCAGCAAUUUGAGGGUUUUCUGUGUACUUGUCUAUUGUUGGUGGGGCAUAUUAUUCUGUUUUAAUGUUACUCCUGAAUCACUAUGAUAAAUAAAAUAGUUGUUCUUGAGUGUACUUUUAACAGAGCUGAGAUGUACUUUGAUGUGCAAAGUGUAGCAAUACAGGUGAACUCAGUCAUUGACACAGACAUGGUGGCGUAACAGGAACAUUGGAAUGUCAUGAACCAAGAGGUUGUGAGUUCAAAUCCCAGGUGAGAACAUGUUGAAUAACAAUUACUGUAUAAAUGAACAUACACAAUGUCAGUGUGUCAAAUAUGUCAGUUGAAAACAUUGUAUAUUAAAACCACUGUGUGUGUAACUAGUUCCAGAGCGUUUUUGUUAGUUAAGAUGCACAAAUAAUAAUUUUAGUUGAAUGAAUAUAUGAGACAAAUUGAGUAAAUGCAUCAUUUUAUGUUCACUGAAUUUCUGCCUACGUUUUCUCAAGUUGGAGCUACAGUAAGUUUGGCCCAACUAUACUAUAUUAGUUCAGGUAACACUGACCAAAAAGUUGAGUAAACUAAAAAAAAAGCGGUGGAACCAACUUUUUUUUUUUUCCUUAUUUUUUUACAGUGCAGACUUGGUUUGACUCUUGAUUGGAAUUCCAUGUUGGCUUGAACCUCCUCCAUUAAGUCCACACACAUUCCAGAGCAUCAUUAUGGGGCCAAAUGGCAGUCAUCGUAGCAUUUCUAGGUCAGACUAGUUCAGCCAUUGCAUAAUAACAGUGGUUUCGUUGGACGCGUGCCAAUGUUUUAACAAGAUAUGGCACAUGGUUGCCUGUUGAAUCACAACUCAUAAGAAUAGAGGGAGAACAACUCCACAUCCCCACGGCCAACAAGGCACAGCACCAGCAUGAGAAGCAUUAAAAAGAACCAAACACACCCACUCACUGUGGAUAGCAGCAUCCCAUUACCACCCACUCACUGUGGAUAGCAGCAUCCCAUUACCACCCACUCACUGUGGAUAGCAGCAUCCCAUUACCACCCACUCACUGUGGGUAGCAGCAUCCCAUUACCACCCACUCACUGUGGGUAGCAGCAUCCCAUUACCACCCACUCACUGUGGGUAGCAGCAUCCCAUUACCACCCACUCACUGUGGGUAGCAGCAUCCCAUUACCACCCACUCACUGUGGGUAGCAGCAUCCCAUUACCACCCACUCACUGUGGGUAGCAGCAUCCCAUUACCACCCACUCACUGUGGGUAGCAGCAUCCCAUUACCACCCACUCACUGUGGGUAGCAGCAUCCCAUUACCACCCACUCACUGUGGGUAGCAGCAUCCCAUUACCACCCACUCACUGUGGAUAGCAGCAUCCCAUUACCACCCACUCACUGUGGGUAGCAGCAUCCCAUUACCACCCACUCACUGUGGGUAGCAGCAUCCCAUUACCACCCACUCACUGUGGGUAGCAGCAUCCCAUUACCACCCACUCACUGUGGGUAGCAGCAUCCCAUUACCACCCACUCACUGUGGGUAGCAGCAUCCCAUUCCAUGUAUGCAAAACCAAACCAGCAGAGAGCAGACAGACGCACACACACACACACACACACACACACACACUCACACACACACACACACACACACACACACACACACACACACACACACACACACACACACACACACACACACACACACACAUAUUCUCUCUAUCUCUGUAGAGGGGAGUGCUUCCACUCCUGUGCUGUCGAGUGGAAGCACAUUGGUGUGAACUAUAUUCAGUAGGGGUGCUUUGCUUGUCAGGUUCUAUGUCAGAUUAUUAUAGGUUAUUGUUCAGUAGGGGUGCUUUGCUUGUCAGGUUCUAUGUCAGAUUAUUAUAGGUUAUUGUUCAGUAGGGGUGCUUGUCUUGUCAGGUUCUAUGUCAGAUUAUUAUAGGUUAUUGUUCAGUAGGGGUGCUUGUCUUGUCAGGUUCUAUGUCAGAUUAUUAUAGGUUAUUGUUCAGUAGGGGUGCUUGUCUUGUCAGGUUCUAUGUCAGAUUAUUAUAGGUUAUUGUUCAGUAGGGGUGCUUGUCUUGUCAGGUUCUAUGUCAGAUUAUUAUAGGUUAUUGUUCAGUAGGGGUGCUUGUCUUGUCAGGUUCUAUGUCAGAUUAUUAUAGAUUAUUGUUCAGUAGGGGUGCUUAUCUUGUCAGGUUCUAUGUCAGAUUAUUAUAGGUUAUUGUUCAGUAGGGGUGCUUGUCUUGUCAGGUUCUAUGUCAGAUUAUUAUAGGUUAUUGUUCAGUAGGGGUGCUUGUCUUGUCAGGUUCUAUGUCAGAUUAUUAUAGAUUAUUGUUCAGUAGGGGUGCUUAUCUUGUCAGGUUCUAUGUCAGAUUAUUAUAGGUUAUUGUUCAGUAGGGGUGCUUGUCUUGUCAGGUUCUAUGUCAGAUUAUUAUAGGUUAUUGUUCUGUAGGGGUGCUUGUCUUGUCAGGUUCUAUGUCAGAUUAUUAUAGAUUAUUGUUCAGUAGGGGUGCUUGUCUUGUCAGGUUCUAUGUCAGAUUAUUAUAGGUUAUUGUUCUGUAGGGGUGCUUGUCUUGUCAGGUUCUAUGUCAGAUUAUUAUAGAUUAUUGUUCAGUAGGGGUGCUUGUCUUGUCAGGUUCUAUGUCAGAUUAUUAUAGAUUAUUGUUCAGUAGGGGUGCUUGUCUUGUCAGGUUCUAUGUCAGAUUAUUAUAGAUUAUUGUUCAGUAGGGGUGCUUGUCUUGUCAGGUUCUAUGUCAGAUUAUUACAGGUUAUUAGCAUGAUAUUAGUGUUAAAGGGGCAAUCUGGGAUUUAAACAACAACAAAGUGAACACCCACCACCUUUUUGAGGGUGAACAGCUAAGGGAUGGCACUGGAGAAAUGCAACCACUCAAGUUCAUAGACAGAGCUAUGGAUGCAAGUUAAUGUUUAUUGUUAAUGUUAAGAGAGAGUAUUUGAAAUAGGGGCUUUUUACUGUAGCAGCAUAGAUACCAGUUGUAGAUAGAAUAGAGAUAUUUUGUGAGAGAGACAGCCCUGGUUGGCUGGCUGGUUGCCUUAUCCUUCUGAAAGGCCGGCCCUGGCUGGCUGGCUGGCUGGUUGCCUUAUCCUUCUGAAAGGCUGGCUGGUUGGUUGCCUUAUCCUCCUGAAAGGCCGGCCCUGGCUGGCUGGCUCGUUGCCUCAUCCUUCUGAAAGGCUGGCUGGCUGGUUGCCUUAUCCUUCUGAAAGGUCAGCCCUGGCUGGCUGGCUGACUGGCUGGCUGGUUGCCUUAUCCUUCUGAAAGGCCGGCCCUGGCUGGCUGGCUGCCUUAUCCUUCUGAAAGGCCGGCCCUGGCUGGCUGGCUGGCUGCCUUAUCCUUCGAAAGCUAAACAAACUAACAGCUGUGUGUUUGCCAGAUGUGACGUGCUCUAUAGACUCCUUCACAGAGCUUUAGUGACAUAAGAGUUGGCAAGACGGCACAAACAGAUCUGGGACCUGGCUAUAGACUCCUUCACAGAGCUUGAGUGCCUCCGGCCCAUGCCUCGCCAACCUCCACCGAUGGGGCAUUAAAGCAAGCCCCCUUAGUGCCUGUGGGGUGGAGCAAACCAAGCACCACAUUCCUAAGGUCUGUCCAAUCUACCAACUCAGCGGAGGCCUACAGACCCUCCCUCAACUCAGCAGGACCGGAAGCAAUGGCUUGGCUAAAGGAAUUCACUAAAUAAAUACAUUGAUGUUGUUUGUCUCUCUGGCUGCUUCCUUUAGGUUGAUGAGAUCUACCACGAUGAGUCCUUGGGAACCAACAUCAACAUCGUCCUCGUCCGCAUGAUCAUGGUCGGGUACAGACAGGUAAGACUUUUCCUCUUCCUGAUCACAGACAGGUAAGACAUUACAUUACACCCGUCGCUCGCACUGUCUCUGUCUCCUUCUCUCUGUCUCUCUGUCUCUCUCGCUCUCUCUCUCUCCAGGGGCGAUUCUAGGAUUUUUUGGAUGGGGGGACCAAGAACCAGUAAUGGGUGGCCAUGGGAAAUCAACUAAUUGUAUCACAAAUAGUGUUGAAAUUGGCUUAAACUAGGAUGCAUUGUAUUGAAUAACUGUUUCAACUGUUAAUUUGUAUUUGCCCUAAUCUAUUCAAAUAAAUCAAUUUGAAGUGAUCCAUCUUGAUCCAUAUUCAAGUUUGAUGUUCAGUGGUACCUCCCAUCUAAAGAUUUGUUCCCCCCUCCAGGGAAUUUUUGGAAAGUUGAAGCUGAUUUACUGCCUUUCUACACAGGGACUUAAACAACAUUCUAGAACAAACACAUGCCAUCGCCUAUAGACAUGAACUAUUAGCUAGCUGUCAAGUCAAACAGCAAUUAUCUAGCCAUCUUAUAAUAAUAAUAUGCCAUUUAGCAGACACUUUAAUCCAAAGCGACUUACAGUCAUGCGUGCAUACAUUUUUGUGUAUGGGUGGUCCCGGGGAUCGAACCCACUACCCUCCUGGCGUUACAAGCGCUGUGCUCUACCAGCUGAGCUACAGAGGACCACCUCCGCACAGCUUUCGUCAACUCAAUUGAGAGGGAAGUCGCGCUGUUCGAUCACUGCAGCUGCGCUUUCCAUAGUCCUAAAGCCAGCCAGCCAAUUAAACAGCCUUCUCACCAGCCGGCCGCAUUGUCCUAAAGCCAGCACUGUAAUACAGCUAAACUGCCAGAAGAAACACACCGUUUUCUCUCUCCAAUCUGAGCUCAGAUAGACAGCACUCUGACCCAAUGAGAAUGUGGGGCAUUAAGGGUGGAUAAUCAUAUUUAGUAAAAAGUAAAAAAAAAAAGUAAAACCAACAUGUUUUGGUGCUUCUUCAACAAUAAAAAAGCAUCCUUAUCAAUGUCCACUGUCCUCCAAGAGCUACUAAAUCAUAUUUCCUCUUUACUUCAGUGCAGAUAGAUUAAAGAAGAACAGCAAUAUGAUGGAGAGAGGGACAGGGAGAGGGAGAGAGAGGGGGGGGGGGGGGGGGGGGGGGGGGGGGGCGUUUCCAUCCCCUCUGAAAUAACCUCUCUCUCCCUCUCUGUCUCUCUCCCUCUUCCUCUCUCUCUCCCUCUUCCUCUCCCUCUCUCUGUCCCUCUCUCCAUCAUAUUGCUGUUCUUCUUUAAUCUAUCUGCACUGAAGUAAAGAGGAAAUAUGAUUUAGUAGCUCUUGGAGGACAGUGGACAUUGAUAAGGAUGCUUUUUUAUUGUUGAAGAAGCACCAAAACAUGUUGGUUUUACUUUGAACCAUAAAGAAACAUGAUCAUCAACUUCCACUGGCCUCCAAGAGCUGCUGAAUCUCCUCUUCACUUGGAUCCUCAAAUCCUGCAUCUUGGUUGGAGAGCGAGGUAGCACCCUUUGCUCUCAAUCUGUCUGCACUGAACUGACUGCUUAUCCCUGAGCCAGCACAUCUCUGUCUCUGGUUGGCUGUGUCUGGCUGGUCCUCUGUUCUGGUUGGCUGUGUCUGGCUGGUCCUCUGUUCUGGUUGGCUGUGUCUGGCUGGUUCUCUGUCUCUGGUUGGCUGUGUCUGGCUGGUCCUCUGUUCUGGUUGGCUGUGUCUGGCUGGUUCUCUGUUCUGGUUGGCUGUGUCUGGCUGGUUCUCUGUUCUGGUUGGCUGAGACAGAUAGAGAGUGUGUUUAUACAACCCUGAUUAGAUGAGCUCCAACACGCUCAACGUGUCUCUCUGGCUGCGUCCCAAAUGUUCCCCUAAUCCCUAUAUAGUGCACUUCUUUUGACCAGGGCCCAUAGGGCACUAUAUAGGGAAUAGAGUGUCACUUGGGACGCACCCUCUGUCCCACUCCCAGCUCAGAAGCUACUCAACCAAAGGCACAGCAGUCAUUUUGUUGGAGGUAGUAUAGCUUUGAAGGACUCUUUUUCUCGCCUUUUCAACACCUUUUGUGUUAAGGGAUUGAAGGCUUGUACUGGUGCGGUAGAACGGGACCAGGUUUCAGGGUAGUCUAGGUAAAUAUCAGUAUGUAUGGCUACCAGCAGUAAGCAUAGAACACCUCUGUCAUCUUCUGUUAAUGUACAUAGUUGUGUUUGAUUCCUAGCAGAAUUAUAAAUGUGUUUGACUCCUAGUAGAUUCCUAGUUGUGUUUGAUUCCUAGCAGAAUCAUAGUUGUGUUUGAUUCCUAGCAGAAUCAUAGUUGUGUUUGAUUCCUAGCAUAAUCAUAGUUGUGUUUGAUUCCUAGCAUAAUCACAGUUGUGUUUGAUUCCUAGCAGAAUCAUAGUUGUGUUUGAUUCCUAGCAGAAUCACAGUUGUGUUUGAUUCCUAGCAGAAUCAUAGUUGUGUUUGAUUCCUAGCAUAAUCACAGUUGUGUUUGAUUCCUAGCAGAAUCAUAGUUGUGUUUGAUUCCUAGCACAACUAUUUCCACUUGACUCUCACCUCCUUCACUGCAGUCCAAGAAUGAAUAGUGACACCUCAUGUGAAUAGAAACACACAUGGUCGAGUCGAGCUCCUCUCCAGUGGGUGUUUCAGGGGCUUACUCACAGUCUGCCCUCUGGAUGACUAGUAUAGGACCCUGAAUGUAUCCUGACCUGUUGACUAGUAUAGGACCCUGAAUGUAUCCUGACCUGUUGACUAGUAUAGGACCCUGAAUGUAUCCUGACCUGAUGACUAGUAUAGGACCCUGAAUGUAUCCUGACCUGUUGACUAGUAUAGGACCCUGAAUGUAUCCUGACCAUAUGUUGACUAGUAUAGGACCCUGAAUGUAUCCUGACCUGUUGACUAGUAUAGGACCCUGAAUGUAUCCUGACCUGUUGACUAGUAUAGGACCCUGAAUGUAUCCUGACCUGUUGACUAGUAUAGGACCCUGAAUGUAUCCUGACCUGUUGACUAGUAUAGGACCCUGAAUGUAUCCUGACUAUAUGUUGACUAGUAUAGGACCCUGAAUGUAUCCUGACUAUAUGUUGACUAGUAUAGGACCCUGAAUGUAUCCUGACCAUAUGUUUUUCUUGACCAUAUGACAUAAAAACUCCAGGCCAAAUGUAUUGAGUAGAAUUGACCCUUUUUAUUUUAUUUAUUUUUAUUUCACCUUUAUUUAACCAGGUAAGCCAGUUGAGAACAGGUUCUCAUUUACAACUGCGACCUGGCCAAGAUAAAGCAAAGUAGUGCAAUAAAAACAACACAGAGUUACAUAUGGGGUAAAACAAAACAUAAUGUCAAAAAUACAACAGAAAAUAUAUAUACAGUGUGUUCAAAUGUAGCAAGUUAUGGAGGUAAGGCAAUAAAUAGGCCAUAGUGUAAAAUGAUUACAAUAGUAUUAACACUGGAAUGCUAGAUGUGCAAGAGAUUAUGUGCAAAUAGAGAUACUGGGGUGCAAAAGAGCAAAAUAAAUAACAAUAUAGGGAUGAGGUAGUUGGGUGGGCUAAUUUCAGAUGGGCUGUGUACAGGUGCAGUGAUCGGUAAGGUGCUCUGACAACUGAUGCUUAAAGUUAUUGAGGGAGAUAAGAGUCUCCAGCUUCAGAGAUUUUUGCAAUUCGUUCCAGUCAUUGGCAGCAGAGAACUGGAAGGAAUGGCGGCCAAAGGAGGUGUUGGCUUUGGGAAUGACCAGUGAGAUAUACCUGCUGGAGCGCAGACUACGGGUGGGUGCUGCUAUGGUGACCAAUGAGCUAAGAUAAGGCGGGGAUUUGCCUAGCAGUGAUUUAUAGAUGGCCUGGAGCCAGUGGGUUUGACGACGAACAUGUAGUGAGGACCAGCCAACAAGAGCGUACAGGUCACAGUGGUGGGUAGUGUAUGGGGCUUUGGAGACAAAACGGAUGGCACUGUGAUAGACUACAUCCAAUUUGCUGAGUAGAGUGUUGGAGGCUAUUUUGUAAAUGACAUCGCCGAAGUCAAGGAUCGGUAGGAUAGUCAGUUUUACGAGGGCAUGUUUGGCAGCAUGAGUGAAGGAGGCUUUGUUGCGAAAUAGGAAGCCGAUUCUAGAUUUAACUUUGGAUUGGAGAUUCUUUAUGUGAGUCUGGAAGUUGAGUUUACAGUCUAACCAGACACCUAGGUAUUUGUAGUUGUCCACAUACUCUAGGUCAGACCCGUCGAGAGUGGUGAUUCUAGUCGGGUGGGCGGGUGCCAGCAGCGUUCGAUUGAAAAGCAUGCAUUUAGUUUUACUAGUGUUUAAGAGCAGUUGGAGGCUACUGAAGGAUUGUUGUAUGGCAUUGAAGCUCGUUUGGAGGUUUGUUAACACAGUGUCCAAUGAAGGGCCAGAUGUAUACAAAAUGGUGUCGUCUGCGUAGAGGUGGAUCUGAGAGUCACCAGCAGCAAGACUCUUCACUAAGCCACGCUCCCUGGGUUACUAUUGCAACCUCAGACAACAUUUUCCUGGGAAGCCCAAUUCCCCCUUUCAGACCACUGGAGAAAACCCCUUACGAUGACCUCAAACUGUGUUUUUUUACUACACAAGGAAAUUAAACACUACCGCUUGCUAAUCAGGACACUCUCGGGUAUGUUGUGGUGGACUGUGAGGACAAUUGCUUCACGGGAACCUGGUAAGAUCAAGUUUUGUAACUAACUAGUGCUCUCAAAUUUGUAUUCUGAUGUUGACAGCCGAUGAGUUGUGUUCAUUACAUAGCUCACCUAGCUCGCUAGCAUACAUUUGGAGAAAACAAGUUAUACUAACGAGGUAGCUAGCGUUAGCAGCAUUUUCAGUGGUGGACAAUGACACGGAGAGAUAGCUAACCAGCUAGCAAACAAUGUAACAAUAUAGUAUCAUUUCGGAUUCGAAAAAUGCUCCAUGAAUCAAUUCAGAAUCAAGUAGAAAGUACUCCUGGUGCACUGUUCAAUUAUUUAGCCAUUUUUUAAUAUAUAUAUAUAAAAAAUAAAAUAAAAUAAAAAAUUGCCUUCCAUGUUAUUGAAAUGAGAGCUAAUCCGAGGAUGUUGGACACCAGCUUGGUUAGAGACAGAGUGCUGUGAUUGGUUUCCGCAAACUUCUGGGGCAGGGGCUUAGCGAAGGGUCAAUUUGGGCCCAGAGUUUUUCAUGGCCAGGUCAUGUGCUCAGGACAAACUCCGGGCCCACCGUAGGGUCAUUCCUAAAUUACCUCCAGUGUGUCAGAGUGCGCUCUGGGUAGUAAGUAAAAUUCAGAACGUUGUCAGAUGGUUCAUUUCUAAAUUCAGAGUGUUUUGUUCUCGGAGCGUUCAGAGCGCUCACUGGAUGCUCUGGCCGAGAAGUAGGGUUGAUCCGAGCAUUCUGACCUCACAAUGGCAGUCAAGCACCCAAGCUAAGCACGCUAAGUGUAUUUUGUUUUGUGUACAAGGACAUUUUUAUUUUGUUUAGUAGUGUGAUGUAAGCCCAUGUGGGCUGUGGACCGUUAGGUGUAUGACACUUAAAUAAAAUAUAUAAAUCAAAUAUAACUGGCUAAAGUUAUCUAGCCUGCUAGCUAGCUACUACCAGAAACUAAUGAGAGAACAACUCACACCAUUUGACUCGCCCUAGUGGACGGAGCUGGUUAGACUGUUUGAAUGUUAUCUAAAAGCAGUGCUUAAUUUGGGCCGGAUCCUGCCGGAACAGGAUCCGGCACCUCUCCGUUUUUCGACCGUUUUGUUCCGGAACCUAUUUGGCUGGAUCUGGUACCUCUCGUGGCAUGAAAAAAUAUUUUUCACUUUUUGCAAUGUAAAAAUUCAAAAUAAAAGUUAAUUGGAGUUUCCUCUUCGUUAGUUCUCCUGCACCCACAAAAAAAAAUGUAAUGUGAAAAAGUAGAUUUUCAGGCCGGGACUAAUAUUCUAAGAGAUGAUUUGGGGGGUUGGGCCGGUCCGGGUUUAUGGUUUGCACAACAUUGUAGCCUAUGUUUGAGACCAACGCGUGUUGGCCGUGGCUGUGUGAGAAGCACGUCAGUAUCUCUCGCAUAACUAGAAUGAGAUUCACUUUCUAUGAUCUCUCUCUCUCCCUCUCUCUGCUCCAAUAGACAUGAGCCUGCAACUCUCAUCUCUCCAGCGUUGCACUUAUUUCCUUAUAGAAUCACAGCUGCUUCUGGAGGAACUGCAGCAACCCUGAUACAUUGAAAUACAUUUGCCAAAGUCUGUUCAGAAAUAAACGAAAUCGUUCAGAAUAGCCUAGUACACCAUGAGAAGGUCAAUCAUUUAGCCACAGAGCAUCAAUAGCUUCUUAAAAAAAAUAUCCUAGCUGUGGAUUAUAGCCCAAUAACAAGGAAUAAAGCCUACAGUUGGGAACGCGCGGCUAAUCUGUCAGGGAAAAAAACAGCACGCAGACAAAACAGGCCUUUCUCAAUAUUUCAAAUACAACGAGGGAAAACACAGGUUGGAAAGCAAAUGGCUCCUGCUUAAAAGAGAAUGCUGUAGGCUACCAAAAUAUAUGAUCAACUUCCAAAUAUUGUUUUUUACAAAAGAGAGUGAGAGAUAGGCUUUUGGCACGAGCGCAUCGACAAUCACCAGUGAGUGAGCUGCACAUUAUUCGGUGAGCCAGUGAAAGUAUUUUUAGGACUAUAAUUUCCUCCUCAUAUUGUAGCCGACAAUAUGUGCGUCUCCACACAGCUAGGCCUAGGCUACUGAUGGAUUCAAGACAAGGUUGUUUUUUAAUGAUCUCAGAUUCUCAGUUUGUCAGUGUCAAAGUAGCCUGCCAUUUUGAUCAUUUGUGCAGUAUUCAAAAAGGAUUCUGCCAAAGUCUCCAGUCAUGUAAAAGGACGUAGAAUUGCAUGAAAUGCGUUUAUAAAAGGCCCAUAUUUUCCUGGCUACUAAAAAUGUUCCCCAUGUGUACAACUUCUGUAAGUGCCUCUACUCCACUGCAAAUGCAAUUAUAUGUUUGGGUACCUCAGAACUCCCCAGGUCACCCCCCUCUAGCGCUCAAGUUUCCGGAACCUCCCGAUUUACAAAUUAAGCACUGUCUAAAAGGUUAGCGACUGUAACUGUGCUGCUGGCAACAAUAUAAUUCAGUUAUUUUUGGCCAAUGUUUACGACGCCUGUCAUAUUCUACGAGGUGAAGGGCGUUCGUAAAUUCGUGAAAUUAUUCUACGCUCUAGCACUCUCAAACGAGAUUGCUCUGAAGUCGGAGCAGACUUGUGGGACAAAAUAAUGACUUGCAUGCUGAUUUUUGGCCCGUGGACGUCUGUCGCAGACCCCUGAUAGUCCUUCACGUAAUCCUCUCCUCAACCACUAGAACAUUCUCCAGGCUGUUGCUGUAAAACAAUAGGACAGCAUCCCAAAUGGCACCCUAUUCCCUAUGUAGUGCACUACUUUAGACCAGGGACCGUAGUACACCCUAGGUACAUAGAGUAUGUUCUCAACCGACUUGGUACAAAUUAAUAUAUAACUAUUAAGGACAUGAUGUUUUAGUCAUUGAGCAGAUGCUGUUAUCCAGAGCAAAUAAGAAUCAGUGCUUUCAACUCAAGUAGCUAAAACAAGCGUGCUGAUCCCGAUCAUUGCAGGUAAUGAUCAUUUUGAAAUAACCGCUAUCUGCUAAACGAGUGCGAGUAAGAGUAAUAAUGAUGAUAAAACACUGUGAGACGAUCCCAUUCAGCAGUUAUGGUAGGCUGUUAGCCUGAGUGCCAGCUGUUUGUGCUAUCAUGACAACUCCUUGUCACUCACUGGCUUAACAAUGACAGCAAUGGAGUUGGCAAGAGCACAAACAGAUCUGGGAUCAGACUCGUAGAUUGUUUCUGAAAGGAGAACUGUAUUUUCUUUCAUCCUAUCACCCCCCCAGUCCAUCAGCCUGAUCGAGCGCGGCAACCCGUCCCGUAGCCUGGAGCAGGUGUGUCGCUGGGCCAACACGCAGCAGCGCCGGGACCCCGAUCACGCUGAGUACCAUGACCAUGCCAUCUUCCUCACAAGGCAAGAUUUUGGUCCCGCAGGUAUGCAAGGUACUGUAUUUCUCUCGAUCGAGGCCUGUGCAGACUGAUACCACAGAUAUCUCCUUCCAUUCACAAGGGUUGGCUCCUUUCAAGUCUUGCUCAGGUAAGGUCUCUGGAAACUUGACAGAGUUGGGGUCAGUUCCUUUUCAAUUCCAAGUCCAUUCCGGAAGUAAACUGAAAUUCCAAUACCAGAUUUGUUUCCCCUUAUUGCUUUUCAAUUGGAAUUGGAAUGUCAGUUUACUUCCAGAAUUGUCUGAAUAGUGAUGGAAUGGACCCCAACCCUGCUGGGAACUUACAGGGAAAGCAGGCAGCUGCUGCUGUGGUCCAGCAAUGUUGUCCAUCCCAAGUGGCACCCUAUUCCCUAUAUAGUGCACUACUUGUGACCAGAACCCAAUGGGCCCUGGUCAAAAGUAGUGCAUAAAGGAAACAGGGAGCCAUUUGGGACGCAGACAUGGUCCUGAGCAUGCGUACAUCUGCCAGUGGUGACCUCACAUAACACUGAGUACAUCAUUGAGUAUUUUCCAACACUUGGCUGACUGACUGGGCAUUGGUGCCAACCUAUGUUUAAAAAUUUUUUACAUCAGAUCUACAAAAGAUUUUCUGGCAUGUAGGGAAAAAACAUGAAAAUGCUCAGAAUGUUUUGAUAUUCCCAUUUUCUAGUGUUUUUUUUAGUUUCCAGGUAGUCUCUAUGUAACUUCUAAUUAAACAGAACUAGGAGAUGUCCUCUCUGUGUUGUUUUACAUAAUAUAACUCAUCUUAGAUCAUCUCUACUUACAUCAUCAUGGUUUGAAUCAAUGUGUACUAAAGUACUCCCACUCUGUCUAUUUGUAAGACAAGUGAAUGAAGAUAGACAUGCUGCCUUUACUACCCAAUAGACUUGAAAUCAUUUUAAGACAAAGAAUGUCAGUACAUUUACAUUUUAGUCGACGCUCUUAUCCAGAGUGACUUACAGGAGCAAUUAGGGUUAAGUGCCUUGCUCAAGGGCCCAUCGACAGAUUUUUCACCUAGUCGGUUCGGGGAUUAGAACCAGCGACCUUUCGAUUACUGGCACAACGCUCUUAACCACUAAGCUACCUGCCGCCUCACGUCAUUUACCACAGUAACUAUUUUCUCUCUGAGUAACCUCUAGAGGAAACGCUUCAAGUUCAAGGUAAAGUGUUUGAAAGUUAUGUUGAAGAUAUAUUACUUAGUAUUUGUUAUAAAAUGUACACAUCCACAUUACAUAACGGUAUGUAUUUUGGGAACAAGAUCUGAACAGUCGUUUUGUGUCACCAUACGACCAGAAGCACAACACCAUUUCUUGAGACUUGAUCACUGCAACUCAAGGUUUUGGUGAAACCCAACAUCUACAACGACCUUCUUUUGAAGUUCACUGUCACAUAUUGACUUUUGACUUUGUUUAACUUUUGAAGCACAUGUCAUGUUUUUAAAAGAGAAUCAGAAACUAUCUGCUUUGCUUGUCACACUUCAAAUGUUACCAUAGCAACCAGCGAUGUUACGGCCACAACAGGCCUGUCUCUAAGGCACUGUGGGAUCGGUUGGGACUGGCCUCUUCAAACUAGGGAACAACCUUCCAGGCUUAGGGGUAAAUAUCACACUCUGUUGUUAGAGUUUUAUGAUGAGUUGGAGGAUUGUACACCCAAAUACAGACCAAGAGACCUUAGAGGCAACUCCCAUUGAGAACGAGUCAGCAAAAAAAAAAAAAAAAACGUGGAAAUGGUCCAGAAUCUAUCGAACGCUUUAUUUUAAACUUUAACAUCUUACAUCUUUAACAUCUCAAUGCAAUUCUGAUGAUAUUAAUGAUGGGUGAUGAAGGUUUUGUUAUUGAAUGUAUGUGAUUGUCCUCUGGCUGGAGCGGUAACCAUUGACAGGUAUGUUGAAUGUAAAGAGUGUUUUAUUUAUAGGCUCAUUUAUGAUACUAUCUAUCUACACUACUGACUCAUGUCAUCCUCUCUUAUCAUUCAUGGAAUAUAUAGCUGGGAUUUAUACUGAACCAAAAUAUAAACGCAAUAUGUAAAGUGUUGGACCCAUGUUUUAUUUUCCAUACGCACAAAAAGUUUAUUUCUCUCAAAUGUUGUGCACAAAUUUGUUUACAUCCCUGUUAGUGAGCAUUUCUCCUUUGCCAAGAGGAUCCAUCCACCUGACAGGUGUGGCAUAUCAAGAAGCCUGAUUAAACAGCAUGAUCAUUACACAGGUGCACCUUGUGCUGGGGGACAUUAAACGGUGACUCUAAAAUGUGCCGUUUUGUCACACAACACAAUGCCACAGGUGUAUCAAGUUUUGAGCGUGCAAUUGGCAUGCUGACUACAGCAAUGUCCACCAGAGCUGUUGCCAGAGAAUGUAAUGUUAAUUUCUCUACCAUAAGCCGCCUCCAACGUUGUUUUAGAGAAUUUGCCAGUACGUCCAACCGGCCUCACAACCACAGACCACGUGUUACCAUGGCAGCCCAGGACCUCCACAUCCGGCUUCUUCACCUGCGGGAUCGUCUGAAACCGAAUAAUUUCUGCACAAACUGUCAGAAACUGUCUCAGGGAAGCUCAUCUGCGUGCUCGUCGUCCUCACCAGGGUCUUGACCUGACUGCAGUUCGGCGUCGUAACCGACAUCAGUGGGCAAAUGCUCACCUUCGAUGGCCACUGGCACGCUAGAGAAGUGUGCUCUUCACGAAUGAAUCCAGGUUUCAACUGUACUGGGCAGUGUUACAGGAGUGGGUCGCAGUUCCGGAGCGACCCACUAGGUGUCAUCCUCCGACAACCAUAGGCACCUCCUCACUCACAGUCGGGACUAAUUAUCUGCCUAUUGGUGUCACCUGUGGCUAUCUGAUUCACUUUUGUAUUUAUGCUCUCACUUCCUUGUGUUCCCUUGCUCAGUUUUCUCUGCUAGUUCCUUGAUGUCAAGCAGUACGUAUCAGUGUCGGAUCACGUGACGGAGUUACAGGUACUCGAGAAGGUGUUCUCCCUGUGUCAUUGUGUUUUUCCAGUCAGAGUUAGUAUUUCGUAUUGUUUGUUGUCAGCCUGUUUUUUGGAGACCUUUGUGCUCCUCAUUUGUUUUCAUGUAUAGUCUGUUGUUUUGUAUCCUGGCUUUUGGACCACCAGUAAAGAUCCUUGUUUCACCAUCCUUGCCUACUGCCUACUGUCUCUCCUGCACCGCACCUGGGUCACACCUCACACCAACCCUUACAGGGCAGAUGGAAGACAGCGUGUAUGGCGUUGUGUGGGCGAGAGGUUUGCUGAUGUCAACGUUGUGAACAGAGUGCCCCAUGGUGGCGGUGGGGUUAUGGUAUAGGCAGGCAUAAGCUACGGACAACGAACACAAUUGCAUUUUAUUGAUGGCAAUUUGAAUGCACAGAGAAAACUGUGACGAGAUCCUGAGGUCCAUUGUCGUGCCAUUCAUCCGCCGCCAUCACCUCAUGUUUCAGCAUGAUAAUGCACAGCCCCAUGUUGCAAGGAUCUGUACACAAUUCCUGGAAGCUGAAAAUGUCCCAGUUCUCCCAUGGCCUGCAUACUCACCAGACAUGUCACCCAUUGAGCAUGUUUGAGAUGUUCUGGGUCGACGUGUACGACAGCGUGUUCCAGUUCCCGCCGAUAUCCAGCAACUUCACACAGCCAUUGAAGAGGAGUGGGACAACAUUCCACAGGCCACAAUCAACAGCCUGAUCAACUCUAUGCGAAGGAGAAGUGUCGCGCUGCAUGAGGCAAAUGGUGGUCACACCAGAUACUGACUGGUUUUCUGAUCAACGCCCAUACCUUUUUUUAAAAGGUAUCUGUGACCAACAGACGCAUAUCUGUAUUCCCAGUCAUGUGAAAUCCAUAGAUUAGGGCCUAAUGAAUUUAUUUCAAUUGACUGAUUUCCUCAUAUGAACUGAUUUCCUCAUAUGAACUGAUUUCCUCAUAGGAACUGAUUUCCUCAUAUGAACUGUAACUCAGUAAAACCUUUGGAAUUGUUGCAUGUUGCGUUUACAUUUCUGUUCAGUGUAUAACUAUAGCUGCUGCACUAUAGCUUCUGCAACUCCUUCUCAUAUUCUACCAUGCCAAGCUCACCGUGGCCUUUUCAUGCGACUGUAUAUAGCCCACAUUCUCUAGAGGAUCUUUUAUCUGUCUUCAGAUAAAGGGCUUAGCUAGCUUAGCUCCAUUGCUUUUCAUGUUGUGCCAUUUUGCUUGCAGCAUUUAAAUAGGUGAUGAGCUACUCAACUUUUAUGGAAGAAGAAACACCGUCCAUCAUUCUAACUAAGCCAUUCUAACUAAGCCAUUCUAACUAAGCCAUUCUAACUAAGCCAUUCUAACUAAGCCAUUCUAACUAAGUCAUUCUAACUAAGUCAUUCAAACCAGGUUUGGGUUCAAUUCCAAUUUCAGUUUCCUUCCUGAAUUGAUUGAAAUAGAAUUAAGCCCUACUCUGAUUCAUUCCAUAAGUGGUGCUCAUACGACACCAUUAUGUCAAUGACAUAUUAUAGGGAACGUCAUCUUCCUAUAAACAGAGUAACUAUUGGAUAUAACUAUUACAUAACUAUUGGAUAUAACUAUUACAUAACUAUUGGAUAUAACUAUAACAUAACUAUAACAUAACUAUUACAUAACUAUUACAUAACUAUAACAUAACCAUUGGAUAACUAUUACAUAACUAUUGGAUAUAACUAUAACAUAACUAUUACAUAACUAUUACAUAACUAUAACAUAACCAUUGGAUAACUAUAACAUAACUAUUACAUACCUAUUACAUAACUAUAACAUAACCAUUGGAUAACUAUUACAUAACUAUUGGAUAUAACUAUUACAUAACCAUUGGAUAUAACUAUUACAUAACUAUUACAUAACCAUUGGAUAUAACUAUUACAUAACUAUUACAUAACUAUUGGAUAUAACUAUCACAUAACUAUUACAUAACCAUUGGAUAUAACUAUCACAUAACUAUUACAUAACUAUUGGAUAUAACUAUAACAUAACUAUAACAUAACUAUUACAUAACUAUAACAACCAUUGGAUAACUAUAACAUAACUAUUACAUACCUAUUACAUAACUAUAACAUAACCAUUGGAUAACUAUUACAUAACUAUUGGAUAUAACUAUUACAUAACCAUUGGAUAUAACUAUUACAUAACUAUUACAUAACCAUUGGAUAUAACUAUUACAUAACUAUUACAUAACUAUUGGAUAUAACUAUCACAUAACUAUUACAUAACCAUUGGAUAUAACUAUCACAUAACUAUUACAUAACCAUUGAAUAUAACUAUUACAUAACCAUUGGAUAUAACUAUUACAUAACUAUUACAUAACCAUUGGAUAUAACUAUUACAUAACCAUUGGAUAUAACUAUUACAUAACCAUUGGAUAUAACUAUUACAUAACUAUUACAUAACCAUUGGAUAUAACUAUAACGUAACCAUUGGAUAUAACUAUAACGUAACCAUUGGAUGCCACCAUGUUCAUUGUAGUUCUUUCCCAUCAGGCAGAGCUAGAUAAAAUAGCGUCAUUACAACAACCAGAUUACAACCAGAACAGGUUGAAAUGUGGUUAUAUUGACGUCAUUGCAAGCACUUUUGCCUGCUGGGUUCUAGCUAAUCACCACAGAGGAUACGUCCCAAAUGGCACCCUAUUCACUACGUAGUGCACUACUUUAGACCAGGGCCAAUAGAGCUCUUGUCACAAAGUAGUCCUCUGUAGAGAGAUUGCCAUUUGGGACAUGGCCAACUGAAGCAGCCCCAUCCAUCAGUAUCUGUCUGUGUCUGCAUUUCCUGCUUUUUACCUGCAUGCCAAAGGUCUUCACAUGGUCAGAGAGCAUGAUCAUCUGUUUGAACAACAACAACAAUGUGCUUCUGAACCAAACAAAACGCUUAGCUAAUCUGAAUCGCUGCACAUCUCUUGAUCGAGUAUAGUAGUUAUAUAUAUAGUAUAUAGUAUAGUAGUUAUAUAUAGUAUAGUAGUUAUAUAUAGUAUAGAAGUUAUAUAUAGUAUAUAGUAUAGUAGUUGUAUAUAGUAUAUAGUAUAGAAGUUACAUGUAGUUAUAUAUUGUAAAGUAGUUAUAUAUAGUAUAUAGUAUAGUAGUUAUAUAUAGUAGAUAGUAUAGUACUUAUAUAUAGUAUAUAGUAUAGCAGUUACACUACCGUUCAAAAGUGAUUUAAUCAGCACAACAGUUUUCAGCUGUGCUAACAUAAUUGCAAAAGGGUUUUCUAAUGAUCAAUUAGCCUUUUAAAAUGAUAAACUUGGAUUAGCAAACACAACGUGCCAUUGGAACACAGGACUGAUGGUUGCUGAUAAUGGGCCUCUGUAUGCCUAUGUAGAUAUUCCAUAAAAAAUCAGCCGUUUCCAGCUACAAUAGCCAUUUACAACAUUAACAAUGUCUACACUGUAUUUCUGAUCAAUUUGAUGUUAUUUUAAUGGACAAAAAAUUUGCUUUUCUUUUGAAACCCUGGACAUUUCUAAGUGACCCCAAACUUAUGAACGGUAGUGUAUAUAUAGUAUAUAGUAAAGUAGUUAUAUAUAUUAUAUAGUAUAGUACUUAUAUAUAGUAUAGUAGUUGUAUUCAUGUGUCCUUUGUGCUUUGUGUUUAAAUAUGUUAUUACUGUAUUGUUGGGUUAUAUUAUAUGGUUGUGUUUGGUUUUGUCAAGCUCGUGUUGGUCUGUCUGUGCUGGGUUUAAAAAAUGCUUUCAAGCUUUCUGUCAAAGCCUCAGGUUUCUAUUUUAAUACAUAGAGGAGACAACAGCUUCAGCCCUUUCUCAAAGUUUGACAGUGUCAAUUUUUUCAUAGCAUCAUUUCCUUCCUUUAGGCAUUUCCUGAUUAUUGACACGGUAUAUUUUUAACGGCCAUUUUACUCAACUGUUCAGCAAACAUGUAUUAGCUACCAACAGAGACACAUACUUACAGCCAUUAACAACAAACUGCUAAUUGGACACAAAUCAGAACAUCUAAUAUGAAAAUGAACACAGACUAUAAAGCAUUUCUUCUUCAUGUGCGUCUUGUCCCAAAUAGCACAACUAUUCCUUAUGAAGCGCACUAUGGGCCCUGGUCAAAAGUAGUGCACUAUACAGGGAAUAGGGUGCCAUUUAGGAAGAGACACACAUUAAGACAACAUGCUUUACAGACUGUGUUCAUUUUCAUAUUAGAUGUUCUGAUUUGUUUUCCAAUUAGCAGUUUGUUGUUAAUGGCAGGAAGUAUCUAUCAUACAUUAUUACACACUAUAUAUAUAUAAGAGCAUUGGCUCUGUUGGGAUCAUUCGUAAUUUUCUCUUAUGUAAAAAAAACAAAAAAACACUUGGAGCUGAAGUCAAUCGAACAUCCUAUAUUAGCAGCAAUUUUUACGCAGUAGCUUUGUUGACACAACUACCACCUGUAAAAUGUGCAUGCAUUCUGAGAAUUCAGAGAAUUACCUGCCAGUGUCAGGAGAAUAUACGUGCUAUUUCUCCUGUACACAAAACUACUGCAAACGCAAUGGGUACUUUAUAUGACAGGUUGUCGUUGCAAAUAGGAAUGUGUUCUUAAUUGGCCACCUUUUGUAGAUUAAGUUGACCACUGACGAAGACAUGAAAUGUAUGAUUUUAUGUAUGAUUUAUUAGAUCAAUUGUUAUUCAAGACUCUCCGAAACACAGACAGACAUCUAAAAGCAGGCCGACCUAGUCUCACCUUAAUCCAACACCACCAACCACAUCAUCAUAACCAUGGUUUGAUCAGAGCCAUAGAGACGCAUAUGUACCAGACCUGGGUUCAAGUAAUAUUUUUAAAGAUGUGAAAACUUUAUGCACCUUCUUUAGUCUGCCUAGAGUGCCAGGGGGGAGGGGUUUGCACUAUUCCAUUGGUUCCAUAGUGCCAGGCAAGCUCAAUCAAGCACAGCUAAAGUAUUUCAGAUGAUUUCAAGUAGUGUUUGAACCCAGGUGUGAUAUGACAGGUGUACAACCCUUCGUCUCUGGGUAUGCCUGCUUAGCAGUUUGUUAUCAGUGCUGUGUGUGGUCUGUGUUGCCUAGGUUACGCCCCGGUGACGGGCAUGUGCCACCCUCUGAGGAGCUGCACCCUGAACCACGAGGACGGAUUCUCCUCGGCCUUUGUGGUCGCGCACGAGACCGGACAUGUGUAAGUCAUCGCAACACAUGGGUUUACGUCCCAAAUUACACCCUACUCCCUGUAGUGCACUACUUUGACCAGAGCCUUAUGGGACCGACGAGCCCAUAGCUUGAAUAAACUAAAGGGAUACAAGCAAGAGCCGUGUGUGGGUUUCUCUUUUCUUUAAAGUAGUGCACUACAAAGGAAAUAGGGUGCCAUUUGGGACACAGGACAUAGACACACUCCAGAUGGGGGUCAAUUCCAUUUCAAGUAGGUCAAUUCAGGAAGUAAAUUGUAAUUCCAGUUAUUUUCUUUCAAGUUAUCAUCGAAUAAUUCACCUGCAACAAGUCUGUGUGACUGCUGUUCCAAUUAUACAUUGACUGAAUUCUACAUGGACUGAAUUAUACAUGGACUGAAUUAUACAUUGACUGAAUUAUACAUGGACUGAAUUAUACAUUGACUGAAUUAUACAUUGACUGAACAAUUAGUUUAGACUGUAAAUCCACCUUACUGUUAGUUUAGACUGUAAAUCCACCUUACUGUUAGUUUAGACUGUAAAUCCACCUUACUGUUAGUUUAGACUGUAAAUCCACCUUACUGUUAGUUUAGACUGUAAAUCCACCUUACAGUUAGUUUGACACUUUUCUAUUACUGUUACUGAUAGGUAGGGAGAAUAGAUAGAUAGAUAGACAGACAGACAGACAGACAGACAGAUAGAUAGAUAGUAAUAAACGCUGAAGUGUUCUACUUCUGCCCACCGUGGGCAGCUCAACAGCGCCCCCUAUGGAGCAGAGUCAAGCCAAGGGUAUAGGACUCUAACUUUGGCAUUUCAAAGCCAUGUCUCCUAUUUUCCAACCAUAUGGAUUGGAAUGAUUCUGAAUAGUCUAGCCAGGACCAUUCCAUAACAGCUGCUGCUCUACUUAGUCAAGCCAGGACCAUUCCAUAACAGCUGCUGCUCUACUUAGUCUAGCCAGGACCAUUCCAUAAGAGCUGCUGCUCUACUUAGUCAAGCCAGGACCAUUCCAUAAGAGCUGCUGCUCUACUUAGUCUAGCCAGGACCAUUACAUAACAGCUGCGGCUCUACUUAGUCUAGCCAGGACCAUUCCAUAACAGCUGCUGCUCUACUUAGUCUAGCCAGGACCAUUCCAUAACAGCUGCUGCUCUACUUAGUCUAGCCAGGACCAUUACAUAACAGCUGCUGCUCUACUUAGUCUAGCCAGGACCAUUCCAUAACAGCUGCUGCUCUACUUAGUCUAGCCAGGACCAUUCCAUAACAGCUGCUGCUCUACUUAGUCUAGCCAGGACCAUUCCAUAAGAGCUGCUGCUCUACUUAGUCUAGCCAGGACCAUUCCAUAAGAUCUGCUGCUCUACUUUUCUUCUUCCCUUAUUUUCUUCAGUCUUUUUUCUCUGUGGGUAAGGGCUCUGUGGGUAAGGGAUCUGUGGGUAAGGGAUCUGUGGGUAAGGCCUCUGUGGGUAAGGCCUCUGUGGGUAAGGCCUCUGUGGGUAAGGGAUCUGUGGGUAAGGCCUCUGUGGGUAAGGCCUCUGUGGGUAAGGCCUCUGUGGGUAAGGGAUCUGUGGGUAAGGCCUCUGUGGGUAAGGGAUCUGUGGGUAAGGGCUCUGUGGGUAAGGGCUCUGUGGGUAAGGGAUCUGUGGGUAAGGGCUCUGUGGGUAAGGGCUCUGUGGGUAAGGAUUCCUGUUGUCAUUUAUCUUAGGAAGCUCUUUUACCCCGGAUGUGUACUGUAUGUUUCAAUUAUAAGAACUAUCAUAAUUGUUCCUAAGCACAGUGAAUUUGUCUGUGUCCAAAAUGGCACCGUAUUCUCUACAUAGUGCACUACUUUUGAUCUGAGGCCUAUGGGUAUCCCUAUGGGACCUGGUCAAUAGUAGUGCACUAUGUAGAGAAUAGAGUCCCAUUUGAGACACACCUUUUGUGUUUGAGCGUAAUAGUGUGUUUUGCUCAUCAAUAACUCAGGUACCAUUUCAACAGGUUAGGUAUGGAACAUGACGGACAGGGGAAUCGCUGUUCUGACGAGACCAGUAUGGGGAGUAUCAUGGCACCGCUGGUCCAAGCGGCCUUCCAUCGCUACCACUGGUCACGCUGCAGCAAGCAGGAACUGAACCGAUACAUCCAGUAAGUGCAUCCCAACCUCACCAAACCAAUGACUAGGGUUCUGAACCGAUACAUCCAGUAAGGGCAUCCCAACCUCACCAAACCAAUGACUAGGGUUCUGAACCGAUACAUCCAGUAAGUGCAUCCCAACCUCACCAAACCAAUGACUAGGGUUCUGAACCGAUACAUCCAGUAAGUGCAUCCCAACCUCACCAAACCAAUGACUAGGGUUCUGAACCGAUACAUCCAGUAAGGGCAUCCCAACCUCACCAAACCAAUGACUAGGGUUCUGAACCGAUACAUCCAGUAAGUGCAUCCCAACCUCACCAAACCAAUGACUAGGGUUCUGAACCGAUACAUCCAGUAAGUGCAUCCCAACCUCACCAAACCAAUGACUAGGGUUACUGAACCGAUACAUCCAGUAAGUGCAUCCCAACCUCACCAAACCAAUGACUAGGGUUCUGAACCGAUACAUCCAGUAAGUGCAUCCCAACCUCACCAAACCAAUGACUAGGGUUCUGAACCGAUACAUCCAGUAAGGGCAUCCCAACCUCACCAAACCAAUGACUAGGGUUCUGAACCGAUACAUCCAGUAAGUGCAUCCCAACCUCACCAAACCAAUGACUAGGGUUCUGAACCGAUACAUCCAGUAAGGGCAUCCCAACCUCACCAAACCAAUGACUAGGGUUCUGAACCGAUACAUCCAGUAAGUGCAUCCCAACCUCACCAAACCAAUGACUAGGGUUCUGAACCGAUACAUCCAGUAAGGGCAUCCCAACCUCACCAAACCAAUGACUAGGGUUCUGAUAACUUUCCCAUCAUUUCCAGGUUUUCCAGGAAUCUUGGUCACUGACAUAUCACUGACAUAUCUCACUGACACAUAUCACUGACAUAUCACCCCAGGAAGAUUAGCUGUCGUCAAGGCGUCAGCUAAUGGGGAUCCAAAUAAAGAUGAAGUUAGAGAUACCACUGACACACCACUGACACACCACUGACACACCACUGACAUACCACUGACACAACACUGACAUACCACUGACAUAUCACUGACACAACACUGACACACCACUGACACACCACUGACACACCACUGACAUACCACUGAUACAACACUGACACAACACUGACACACCACUGACACACCACUGACACACCACUGACAUAUCACUGACACACCACUGACACACCACUGACACACCACUGACAUACCACUGAUACCACACUGACACACCACUGACACACCACUGACACACCACUGACACACCACUGACACACCACUGACACACCACUGACACAACACUGACACACCACUGACACACCACUGACACACCACUGACACACCACUGACACACCACUGACACACCACUGACACACCACUGACACACCACUGACACACCACUGACACACCACUGACCACCAAUGACACACACUGACACACCACUGAUACAACCACUGACACACCACUGACACACCACUGACACACCACUGACACACCACUGACACACCACUGACACACCACUGACACCACCACUGAACACAAACACUGACACACACCACUGACACAACACUGACACACCAUGAUCACACCACUGACACACCACUGAACAACACCACUGACACACCACUGACAACACCACUGACACAACACUGGACACACCACUGACACACCACUGACACACCACUGACACCACCGACACACCACUGACACACCACUGACACACCACUGACACACCACUGACACACCACUGACACACCACUGACACAACACUGACACACCACUGACACACCACUGACACACCACUGACACCACUGACAUACCACUGAUACAACACUGACACAACACUGACACACCACUGACACACCACUGACACACCACUGACACACCACUGACAUAACCUAUUCUGUUAGAUAUAACAUAGUAUAUCCCCUCUACUGAAAACCUAUUAUUUUUUAUCUCCCCCAGCUCUCAUGUUAUCAUACCACCUUGCCACUCUAAUAUAUUCCAUAACUCUUAUGACUGUCUCUGUUCUGAUGUGUUUUAACCCCCCCCCCCCCAGCUCUUAUGACUGUCUCCUGGACAACCCUUUUGAACACAAGUGGCCCAAGCUUCCUGAGCUGCCCGGGAUUAACUACUCCAUGGACGAGCAGUGUCGCUUUGAUUUCGGCGUGGGCUACAAGAUGUGCACCGCUGUAAGUCCACUCCACCAGCUAGCUUGACCACUGAGAUCUGAGAAUUAACAACUGUGACCGUUGGUGACAGAAAAGGCUUAUCGUUGUGUGUCACAAAUGGCACUCUAUUCCAUAUAUGGUGCACUGCUUUUUACCAGGGCCCGUCAGGAAUAGGUUGCCAUUUGGGACACUGCUUCCGGACUGCAUGGGGCGCUCAGUACCACUCAGGACUUUGAUCUUCUCAGGAUGCGAUUAAAAUAUAAUAAAGGUUAUUGUUAGAUGGAGCAGGGUCCUGCGUUCUCCGUGCGCUCCCCCUGGUCCAUAGGCUUAGAUAGACUGGCCAGCUUUUUGCUGGAUCCUGCUUUCCCUGUUUGAGAUUGUAGCCAUGCAGCAGAGGGGCCAUGACCGAUGGAGCUCUGGGAAGAGACUAGGUGACCUGUAGUCUGGCCAUAGAAAUGCCCUUACUACCUCUCAGCCCUCUCUCUGACAUCCUCUUCCCUACUCUCUCCUCUUCUCUCUGACAUCCUCUUCUCUCUCCUCUCCUCUUCUCUCUGACAUCCUCUUCCCUUCUCUCUUCUCUUCUCUCUCUGACAUCCUCUUCUCUCUCUCUCUCUUCUUCCUUCUCUUCUGACACUCCUUCUUCCUACUCUUCCUCUUUCUUCUCUCGACAUCCUCUUUCCUUCCCUUACAUCUCUAUCUCCUCUUCUCUCUGACAGCCUCUUCCCUUCUCUCUCCUCUUCUCUCUGACAUCCUCUUCCUACUCUCUCCUCUUCUCUCUGACAUCCUCUUCCCUACUCUCUCCUCUUCUCUCUGACAGCCUCUUCCCUUCUCUCUCCUCUUCUCUUGACAUCCUCUUCUCUACUCUCUCUCUUCUCUCUGACAUCCUCUUCCCUACCUCUCUCCUCUUCUCUCUGACACUCCUCCUUACUCUUCUCUCUGACAUCCCUUCCCUUCUCUCUCUCUCUCUACUCCUCUGACACUCCUCCUUUCUCUACUCUCUCUCUCUCUCUUCUCUCUGACAUCCUCUUUCCUCUCUCUCCUCCUCUCUCUCUGACAUCCUCUUCCUUCUCUCUCCUCUCUACUCUCCCUACUUCUCUCUGACAUCCUCUUCCCUCUUCUCUCCUCCUCUUCUCUCUGACAUCCCUUCUUCCUCUCUCUUCUUGACAUCCUCUUUCCCUCUCUUCUACUCCUCUCUCUCUGACAUCCUCUUCUCUCUUCUUCUCUCUGACAUCCUCUUCCCCCUUCUACUCUUCCCUCCUCUCUCCUCUCCUCUGACAUCCUCUUCCCUACUCUCCUCUCUCCUCUUCCCUACUCUCUCUCUCUCUGACAUCCCUUCCUCUCUCCCUCUUCUCUCUGACAUUCUCUUCCCUUCUCUCUCCUCUUCUCUCUGACAUCCUCUUCCCUUCUCUCUCCUCUUCUCUCUGACAUCCUCUUCCCUCUCUCUCUCCUCUUCUCUCUCUGACAUCCUCUUCCCUUCUCUCUCCUCUUCUCUCUGACAUCCUCUUCCCUUCUCUCUCCUCUUCUCUCUGACAUCCUCUUCCCUACUCUCUCUCUCUCUUCUCUGACAUCCUCUCUCCUCUCUCCUCUUCUCUUUACUCUCUGACAUUCCUCUUCCCUGACUCUCUCCCCUCUCUCUUCUUGACAUCCUCUUCCCUUCUUCUCUCUCUCUCUCUGACAUCCUCUCUUUCCUACUCUCCUCUCUCUCUCUCUGACAUCCUCUAUCCCUCUCUCUCUCCUCUUCUUCUCUGAUACAUCCUCUUCUCUAUUCCUCUUCUCUCUGACAUCUUCUAUCUCUCUCUCUCUUCUCUCUGACAUCCUCUUCCUAUCUUCCUCUUCUCUACUGACAUCUCUUCCUACUCUCUCCUCUGAUCUCUGACACUCUUCCCUACUCUCUCCUUUUCUCUGACAUCCUCUUCCCUCUCUCUCCUCUUCUCUCUGACAUCCUCUUCCCUACUCUCUCCUCUUCUCUCUGACAUCCUCUUCCCUUACUCUCCUCUCCUCUUCUCUCUGACAUCCUCUUCCCUCUUCUCUCCUCUUCUCUCUGUCCUCUUCCCUUCUCUCUUCUCUUCUCUCUGACAUCCUCUUCCCUACUCUCUCCUCUUCUCUCUGACAUCCUCUUCCCUUAUCUCUCCUCUUCUCUCUGACAUCCUCUUCCCUACUCUCUCCUCUUCUCUCUGACAUCCUCUUUUUUUAACUCUCUCUCUCUCCCCUUCCUCCCCCCUAUAGUUCCGGACCUACGAUCCCUGCAAGCAGCUGUGGUGUAGUCACCCUGACAACCAGUACUUUUGUAAGACGAAGAAGGGUCCGCCGGUGGAUGGGACAGAGUGUGCACCGGCAAAGGUGGGAAACAUGGAUUUCUGAUGACAAUAGAUGGACCUAAUAAUAAAAGUACUAUACUUCAUCUUUACAAAAAGUUCUCCAAAAACUACUCAAUUACUUGAAGAAGUUUUACAAAAUGUAUAUUAGAAAGAACAUAUCGGCCCGUUUGAAUGUUAUUAUAAUAAUAAUAAUAAUAAUAAUAUUUGGUGGGCGCUUAUAUUUGUUCUAUGUCACACAUGUACUGAUGUCGAACUGUAAUGGAUGUCUAAUGCAGGGGGCACCUUAGUUGGAAGGACAAUUUCAUAGUAAUGGCUGGAACGGAAUGAUUGGAAUGGUAUCGAACACAUCAAACACGUGGUUUCCGUGUGUUUGAUACCAUUCCAUUCCAUUCCACUCCAUUGCAGCCAUUACUAUGAGCCGUCCUCCCCUCUACAGCCUCCUGUGCUGUCUAACUGUAAUGGAUGUCUAAUGACAUAACAGUCUUACAGAAGGACUUGUAAAAGUAGACAAUAGUUAACAUGGAUAGUAGAAGGAACAUUAUCAGGCCAGUUUGAAUGUACUUAAUAAGCAUUUAAUUAGCAUUUAAUUGACUAUUUAUACUUGGAAUUGGACUUAAAGUGUUCAAUGCCUGCUCCUUUAUCCAUACAUUUAAAUAGCAUUAAAAGAGCAUUUAAUCAGCUAUUCAUACUUCAUAGACGAAUAGUGUUCAUUUCAUGUUCUAGCCAUGUUUCUUUAGCCGGGAUUGCUCUAAGCAUCAGAACAUCAGAACUCUGACCCAUGAGAUGUUCAGGGCUCAUUCUAGUGAUGUUGCUUUAGCCAGGAUUGCUCUAAGCAUCAGAACAUCAGAACUCUGACCCAUGAGAUGUUCAGGGCUCAUUCUAGUGAUGUUGCUUUAGCCAGGAUUGCUCUAAGCAUCAGAGCAUCAGAACUCUGACCCAUGAGAUGUUCAGGGCUCAUUCUAGCCAUGGUUUGAAUGCUAAUGGAGCCGAUGAAUGGAAAGAUAUUGUAUACAUGUAUGCACUGUUGACUCCACUGUCCGUAAAAAUUAAAAAUUAAAAAUCCUUGUAAAAGUAAACAAUAGUUAACAUGGAUAGUAGAAGAAACAUUAUCAGGCCAGUUUGAAUGUACUUAAUAAGCAUUUAAUUAGCAUUACAUUAGCAUUUAAUUAGCAUUACAUUGGCUAUUCAUGAUUAAUGGAGUAACAGUGGUCAUAACAGUGUUCUAUCCAUGUUCCUUUAGCUGGCAUCUCUCUAAGAGUUCUUAUAUACCCGUGACGUGGUCAGGGCUCAUUCUAGCCAUGGUUUGAAUGGUAAUGGGGCCAAUGAAUGGAAAGAUAUUAUAGGUACUGUAUGUAUGUAUGCCCUGUUGACUCCCCUGUGUCCUGUCUGUCUGUUUAGUGGUGCUUCAAGGGUCACUGUAUCUGGCGGUCCACUAACCAACCGCAGGGCCAUGACGGUAGCUGGGGGUCCUGGACUAAGUUUGGGUCCUGCUCCAGAACCUGUGGGGGUGGAGUACGCUCCCGGAGCAGAACUUGCAACAACCCUGCGUGAGUGUCUGUCACAGGGGAACGGGGGGGGCAUUGGGGUUAGGGAGGAUAGAGAUGUAUAAAUCUGGCUCUGGGGUGGCUGUAUGAUACAGGCUGUAUGAUUCAUACACACUGUCUCCUUACUGACGUUAUCCUCUACAUCCUGUUAGGACUUCUAUCUACAGGCUGUAUGAUUCAUACACACUGUCUCCUUACUGACGUUAUCCUCUACAUCCUGUUAGGACUUCUAUCUACAGGCUGUAUGAUUCAUACACACUGUCUCCUUACUGACGUUAUCCUCUACAUCCUGUUAGGACUUCUAUCUACAGGCUGUAUGAUUCAUACACACUGUCUCCUUACUGACGUUAUCCUCUACAUCCUGUUAGGACUUCUAUCUACAGGCUGUAUGAUUCAUACACACUUUCUCCUUACUGACGUUAUCCUCUACAUCCUGUUAGGACUUCUAUCUACAGGCUGUAUGAUUCAUACACACUGUCUCCUUACUGACGUUAUCCUCUACAUCCUGUUAGGACUUCUAUCUACAGGCUGUAUGAUUCAUACACACUGUCUCCUUACUGACGUUAUCCUCUACAUCCUGUCAGGACGUCUAUCUACAGGCUGUAUGAUUCAUACACACUGUCUCCUUACUGACGUUAUCCUCUACAUCCUGUCAGGACUUCUAUCUACAGGCUGUAUGAUUCAUACACACUGUCUCCUUACUGACGUUAUCCUCUACAUCCUGUUAGGACUUCUAUCUACAGGCUGUAUGAUUCAUACACACUGUCUCCUUACUGACGUUAUCCUCUACAUCCUGUUAGGACUUCUAUCUACAGGCUGUAUGAUUCAUACACACUGUCUCCUUACUGACGUUAUCCUCUACAUCCUGUUAGGACUUCUAUCUACAGGCUGUAUGAUUCAUACACACUGUCUCCUUACUGACGUUAUCCUCUACAUCCUGUUAGGACUUCUAUCUACAGGCUGUAUGAUUCAUACACACUUUCUCCUUACUGACGUUAUCCUCUACAUCCUGUUAGGACUUCUAUCUACAGGCUGUAUGAUUCAUACACACUGUCUCCUUACUGACGUUAUCCUCUACAUCCUGUUAGGACUUCUAUCUACAGGCUGUAUGAUUCAUACACACUGUCUCCUUACUGACGUUAUCCUCUACAU